AUGAUGAAAGGUUUGGUCAUGUUAAUAGGCAUAUUGGCAGGGUAUUUUUCUGCUACAAGUGCUGAUGAUGGCUUUGCAACUUUCUACACCAUAUACAAUCCCUCAGCUUGCUACGGUAAUGAUACUCCAUUAGGCCUAAUCGCAGCAGUUAGUCAUGAGAUUUGGGACAAUGGCAAUGCUUGUGGAAGAAGAUAUAGGGUAACUUGUACCGGCGGUACAAACAACGGCGUACCGCAUCCUUGUAUCGAUGGCGAGACGGUUGAAGUUGAAGUAGUCGAUUUCUGCCCCGGUUGUCCCGGAGCUUUCGAUCUCUCUAAAGAUGCAUUUGCUGCCAUUGCCGAUACUGAUGCUGGCUACAUUGGGAUUGAAUAUGAUCAAAUUUGA